CAUCAUGGGGAGGUUUAUCUGAUUGCCGGAAUGUGAAGCUUGUUCUACGGGAAAAUGGCCGCCGCUGUAGACGCACUCCCUCAAUUGGAGACACUUUCUCAGUUCGCUGAGCGUGCCCGUGUUCCCCCUCGUGUAGCGGGUGCGAUACACACACCGACACCGACACUGACAUCCUAUAUGCGGUGUGACCGGGGAGCCCAGGCGGUGUCCGCAGCACAAUGAUCCCCUGACUGUUUCCUGCUGUCAGGCAGAUGCUGGGCCGGCUCCUCACACACUGCAGACGCCUGUCCACCAUGAGGCUGGAGACUCCCGAGUUCAAGGCGCUCUUCACUGAGGGCUUACAGACGCUGGCAGGCCUGUUUGCCAAGGAAAAGUAUGAACUGCGAAUCGCCGGGGGAGCCGUGCGGGAUCUGCUGGUCGGAAAGCAGCCACAUGACGUGGAUUUCGCAACGACCGCCACUCCUGAGGAAAUGAAAGAUCUGUUCCUCCGCGCCGGAAUCCGGCUCAUUAAUAAUAAAGGCGAGAAACACGGGACAGUAACCGCAAGGAUUAACGAUCAGAACUUUGAAAUCACUACGCUGAGGGUGGACUUGCAGACAGACGGGCGACACGCAGAGGUCGAAUUCACCACCAACUGGGAGCAGGACGCAGAGAGGAGAGACCUCACCAUUAACUCCAUGUUUCUGGGAUUUGAUGGGACACUCUACGAUUAUUUCAAUGGCUAUGGGGACUUGAAUAACCGCUGUAUUCGAUUUGUGGGCGACCCAGCGAAACGCAUCCAGGAGGAUUAUCUGCGAAUCCUGCGCUACCUCAGGUUUUAUGGAAAGGUUACGGAGAAGCCUGGAGAUCACAGCGCUUCCACGCUGGACGCGAUACGAGAGAAUGCGCCUGGACUGAGAGGGAUCUCGGGGGAAAGAAUCUGGGUGGAGCUGAAGAAGAUUCUGGAGGGAAACCACGUCAAUCAUCUUAUCCAGCUGAUGUACGAGCUGGGAGUCGCUCCUCAUACCGGAUUACCAGGGGAUGGAAACCUAACGGAGUUUGCCCGCGUUUGCUCUCAUGCUGAGCACUUGUCGCCCAAACCUAUGACCCUUCUGACUGCGCUAUUCUCACAUCCGGACGCCGUUCACAAGCUGGACUUAAGGCUGAAGAUCUCUAGAGAAGAGAAGGGCCUGGGCUUGUUUUUGCUGAAAGAACGGAAGGAGCUGACUGUAGACCAUACAGACAGGACGCCUCUGAAGCCGUACCAGGACUACGUGAGCGAUUCCCGGGAGCCAGACGCUCACAGAAGGGUAUGCGAACUGCUGAAAUACCAGGGUGAAGAGCGACUCCUGAGAGAGAUGGAAAGCUGGAGCCUGCCACGGUUUCCAGUCAGUGGGCAUGACCUGCGGCGUAUGGGCAUCUGCUCGGGCAAGGAGAUCGGGAGAGUCCUUCAGGAGCUCCGGGAUCGCUGGAAGGAAAGCGGGUACAAGACUGACAAAGAGGAACUUCUGAAUAGUGUACAGGGGAAAGAUCCCUAAAUGCAGAGACAUUCUGAUUCCAAGCUGGACACUUGUCUGAGGCUUCCCCAAAAUGGCUGCACAGCAGAGGACAACAUCAGAGAGCAGAAGUGAUGGCAGCAAAUGCACCUAUUCCAACGCAUUCACACUCUGUACCUCCUGUUCUACCAAGUAAAAUUAUUUUUUUAUGUUA